CUUCCACAACGUGAGCAUAUAGGCAAGGCACCAAGACCAGGAAGGCACACACAGAUUAUUUUACACCACCAAAGGGCCAAUUAACCGCUACCGCUGCUGCUGCUGCUCAUACCUACGAUGACGUCACUGUUUCUCUUGGUGCUCCUUGCUGCUGCCGGGUACUGCUCAACACUGACUGACAGACACAACGCGAAUGCAAUCAAAACUUCUCGGGGCCUGGACAAGAUCAGCGGUGGAGAAUACAUCCGGGCACUGCACCAACUAGGCAACCGCCACCUCGACAAACUUGCCGGCGGAGAGUACCUCCGCUCACUGAACCCGGCCGAGCAGCUGAACACCAGGACAUUAGACAAGAUAGGCUCUGGAGAGUACAUCCGUUCCCUAGGGCCCUACCAGGCCUUCCCCAACACGAGGGCCCUCGAUAGGCUUAGCGGAGGAGAGUUCCUACGAUCUCUGGGAUACAAGAGGGGCCUGGAUUCGCUCAGCGGCAUGACGUUCGGCAAUUCCAAGAGGUUUGACUCUCUGAGCGGCCUCACUUUCGGAGACCAGCACAACAAGAAAAGGUGGUACGGACACGGUGACUUCGACGAGAUCGACAACGUCGGCUGGCCCGGCUUCACAAAGCGACAAAACUUCGACGAGAUCGACCGCACGGGGUUCGAAGGGUUCGACAAGAGGGCCCUUGGUUCCGUGGUCAGUGAAGACCAGUGAACCGAGGUAUGGCUCAGCGGCAAGUAGCUGUUGAUCCGUUUUAUUUUCGUUUCGCUUUCCCGAAGACCCAAGUUACCCUCAAUUUGGACUCCUCUCUCUCUCACCCAGCUACUUCCCUGGUUCUGCCAUCGAUCCUCCUCCGAAAGUCUUCCCUUGUACGUAGAACAAAUUUGUGCGGGACGGCUCUUAAGAAAGAAAAGAAAAAAGUAUGAAACAUAAAACAUGGGAAAGGUAUCCAAAGUUUAUUCUUCUGUUACUUGUUAACCACGUGAUCAGCUCAGAAGCUGCGUUACCGUACAGGUCUGGAGGCGUAGUAAUUUAGAGCUGUGUGAAUACGAAUACUGCAAGACCCUCAAUCUUCAGGAGCUCCUAAUUUUUACGAAUACGAAUGUCACGCAAAAAAAUUUGGACCAAGGUUUCACCCUUCAAAAACUAUGCUAGAAUCGCAACUAAAGUUCAAAGCUCGCGUGUAUCAAAGGCUCAUCGAGAAUUCUUGGGCUGUUCACGAAGCAAACCAACCGAGCCAGAUUCAGAAUUCGCGAAAUUUUGUGUCCCCGGAUGUGUGCUCUGCGAAGAUAAGAGAAAAAUUGAGCCUCUGUAUGGCAAUAAGGGGAUAAGCCGAUUUAUCCCCGUUUUUGCUAUUUUCGCUGCAAUGACAUCUACAUACCAGUAUGUACCUGCCAAAGAAAAUUUAAGACCUUAUUGCAAUGCAUUGGCCCGCUACAGGAAGGUAAGAAACGGGAAAUGCAUGUAUGUCAAUGGGACGGGCAAUCAGAUCAGGCCCCUUUUCUCGGUUUGGGAUUUUUUUACCUAUCCCCUUAUUGCAUACAGAAGUUCAGUCGGGGCCGCGAGAUUAAGGGGCUUGGCAGUAUUCAGAUUUUUCCAACACCGAAGCGAAUAUCUGCACACUCGAAUGGGUCUUAUAUUCGGAUUUCGAAUCGAAGCUCCAUAUCGAAUAUAUUCGAAAAGUUUCAAAGCUUGCACUCAAAAGACAAAAAAAAAAAAAAGAAGGAAAAAAAUGAGAGAGAGAGAGAGAAUGAAAACACUAGAAGAAAGUGUGCAGAACAACAACAACAACAAAUAUAUCAUGACUAUGGCCGCUGGAGAACAGUACGCUACUAGUGUGCAGAGUGAGUGCUGCGCCAUACGAAGAUUCGUAUGCGUGUAUCGCGUAUAUACUAUACUAUACUAUACUAUAUGUAUAUAUAUAUAUAUAUGCUGCAAAACCGUCGUAUUUUCUUCGGGCAUACAGCUAUUCGCUUCGGUUUUAAAGCUCACACAGCCCUACAGACCACAGAUUAUACACGGAGGUGCCGUGUGCAAAAUUCCAUCCAGCAGAGAAUACUAGCUUCUGAAACCAACGAGAAAAACGAACCACGUGACACAUAUGGUUUCCCAGUGAUGACACAAAAGUACAGCCACCUCGAUGGACGUCAAGACACUAUGCGACCGAAAUAAAGGUAAUCGAGGACUGUCUUGAGACGUAAUAAAAUGUUAUCAACAAGUUUUAUCUGGAAUCAAUGGUCUCAAUGCUCGAAAAAAAAAAAAAAAAGAAAAAGAACACGGAAGCAGUUGACAGUGAUGUCGCUACAGCGAAAGCCUCGGAUAUAUUGGUCGCAAAUUUAGUCAAAAUACUCUGCACACGCUGACCCUGAACAUCCCAAGAAAGCAAUUCUGGCUUUGGCUAUGGUUUGGAUUGGAUUUUCAUGUCUGAAGCGUUCUUCGACAUAACAAGGUGCUUCGGCGAAGAGAAAGUCUUCACUGGUCUGUUUUCAACUAAAAGCUCUAAGUGUAUUCCCAGCUUCUCGCAGACGAGAAAGAUGUCGUUAAAUUUCUCAUCACGGCGUAGAAGCUAUCAAUACCGUUCUUUUCUCGAAGUCGACAAAAAUGUUAUGUAGGGUUGUGUUUUGGAUACCUGUUUCUUAUAACGUGCCACUGAUAACGUUGACACUGUAUAUAAGUGUGUUUGACUGACCUUUUUAAUCAUUGAUAUAGUAGACAGCGCAAUCAGUCUCGUUGUAGUUGCUAUUCAUAUCCCACCUUUCUUUCUUGAAGUGAACUCCCGUCCAAAAGCGAAAUAUUUUCGUAUGGUUUGACUUCGCAGUUGUUACGUUCCAUACUUUCUAUGCAUGUUGCAAUAAAGAGUUUCUUUGUUUC